AUGGAACUCGACGGCAGAGAAGCGGGAGUGAUCGAAGAGGCUCCACCGCUGGUGCUCGAGGAGGAAGAAGAACGCCUCUUCGACAUGCUGGUUCGAUGUGUUGAAGACCUCAAGCUCAAUAUAGUUCUGAGGGCGGCGGGCGGAUGGGUGAGAGACAAACUGAUGAAGCGUCGGAGUGACGACAUCGAUAUUGCCAUCGACAAGUGCACGGGCGUCGAGUUCGCGACAAAUCUUAACAGCUGGCUGCGCGCGCAGGGCUUGCCGACGCAUGCAAUUGGAGUCGUGGCCUCGAACCCAGAUCAGUCGAAACACCUCGAAACCGCGACGUGCCGCCUCGCCAACCAUCAGGUCGACUUCGUGCAUCUGCGGACGGAGACAUACUCGGAGCACUCUCGGAUUCCAGAGAAUGUCGGGUUUGGGACUCCAGAAGAAGACGCGCAACGACGCGACUUCACCCUGAACGCUCUCUUCUACAAUCUGCACACGAAGAAGGUGGAAAACUUCACCAAGACCGGCCUCGAAGAUCUUCGGCGGCGGGUGCUCCGGACGCCUCUGGAAAACGCGAAGGAAACGCUGCUGGAUGACCCUCUUCGGGUCCUGAGGGGCGUUCGACUCGCCGCCCUCCUGCGUCUCCAGCUCCACGACGAGGUCGUCAAGGGCGCGCAAACAAGGGCCGUGCGCGAGGGUCUGCGGAAGAAAGUCUCGCGUGAACGGCUCGGCAUCGAACUGAAGAAAAUGCUGUCGGGCAGCGCGGCGGCAGGCGAAGACGCCAGAGACGCGCGCGACACAGAAAGAGGCGAAGCGGCACAGGCCAGCGGAGACAGGACGCAGGCAGGGGACGGACCCACGUCCCCGAAGAAACGACGAAAGGACGAAGCGGCGCAACAAGAUGCAGAGGGGGAAGAAGGCGCAGAGGGGGGAGAAGACGCAGAGGGGGAAGAAGACGCAGAGGAGGAAGAAGACGGGGACGGAGAGCAAGGCGAUGGGAAGACCGGCGCUGCUGACCAGGCAGAGGCGACGAGGGUGAGAGCAGAGAACCUGCGCAAAGAAGUGGUGCAUAACAUCGCUCGUGCGACCGCUGCUGCUACACAGGGCUUCCUCCUUCUCGCGGAACUGCGGGUGGUUGAGAGCGUCUUUUCUCUCCCUGACCGGGUCUUGGUUCCGCAGGAAGGUCUGUCAGCGACUGCAGGCAAAGGGGAAGGAGCUCGCCUGGCGCAAGGCGCCUCAGCGCCUGGGAUGCAAGGUGAGGGGGACAACCGCGCGGGGAAACACGCGGCGAAAAAGGCGGAGCAGAACGGGAAGCAGGCCGGAAAAGACGUCAUUCUGUCGAGCGAAGACGACUUACUCAAAGGAUGGUGGAAAGACGGCCUGCGGUGUAUGCAUGCUCUCAAUUCCCUCGUUACCGCUGCUGCGUCUUCGCCGUCCUCGGAAGAGGCAGAGAUCAUGCGAGACUUACUUCGCACGCCGACGCGCGCCGAGGCGCCGACGGAGCCGGAGAAGGCUCACAGCAACGGCAAAGCGAACGAGGGCGACGCAGAGACAGACAAAAAGGACGCAGCGCGUUCUUCGGACUGGCGCGACUCCGUGCGUGCCUUGAAUCUCGCAGCGUUUCUCUUUCCUCUCGCUACUCGCGAGUGCUUGAAUGAAAAGAAGAAACCGGAGGACCUCCUCUUCCACAUGGUCGUGACGGGGCUGAAGCUCUCGAAGAAAGACGGCAGCCGCGCCCUCGACUUGAAUAAAGGAGCGCGUGCGUUUCUCCGAUUUUUGAACGAGCAGUCUGAUGCACAGCAGCGAAGCCUGUACGCGUCUGCUCCGCACGGAGCAGAAGCUAAAGAAGAGAGCCAGAGAGCAGAGAGAAUUCAACUGGGCCUUCUUCUCAGAGAAGCUGGCGGGGACAUCUGGCCACAAGCUCUUCUCCUUGCUGCGGCGAUCGACCAGACACGCAAAACGCCCUCCGUUUCGUCCCUCGUUGCGUCGCGCGACAAAGACGAAAGGCGGACCGAAGAAGAAGAAGCCAAAGAGGUUGCCGAGGCCACAGAGAGGGCGAAGCUUCCUGUCAGUGCAGACGCACUCAAAACGUUUGCAGAGCUGAAGAAAAAGAUCGUAGCCCUUGGCCUCGCUGACGCGCACCGUCAGCCUCCGCUUUGCGACGGACACAGGGUGAAGACGCUCCUGAAGAACUUGCCAAAGGGACCCUUAUUCAAAGAGAUCUUGGAUGAGCAAAUCAAGUGGCAACUCGGACAUCCGGCCGGCACAGCAGCGGAGUACGAAGAAUACCUCACGGGCAAGUACAGCGCCUACGUCUGA